UCUGCCGCCUGAUAUUAAGGCUUCGCGUGGAAGGCGUAUGUGUUGAUACGUUCGUUUAUGUUGUUAUUUAUUUAUUACAGAAUUUAAAGUAUAGAGUCGACGAGCAGUCAGGUGUUGCACUUAAAUGAUUUUUGGGAUAAGUGUGUGUAAAUAAGAGGGCGGCCGCCGGUCUUUUUAAAUGAAACGAAAUUACAGGAGGGUCAAGGUGUGUUUUCACACGGAACCAUGUCGCUCCCGGCCCUCCAGAGCACGAGCGUGUUUUACCGCAGGAUCCUGGCGCAGUUUCCCCAGGACAUGAGCCUGGCCUUCGCCUACGGCUCCGGGGUGUUCAGGCAGUCGGGGACGAGCCCGGCUCAGAUGGGGAAAAAUAUGGUGGACUUUGUGUUUGCUGUGGACGAUCCGGUCACCUGGCACACGAUGAACCUGAUGCAGAACCGGAGGCAUUACUCCAUCCUGAAGUUCUUGGGGCCCAACAAAAUCAGCAGUAUUCAGAACGACCACGGCGCCGGGGUGUACUACAACACCCUUGUGCCUGCCGACGGAAGGAUAAUAAAGUAUGGUGUCAUCAGUACAGAUGCCCUGAUCGAUGACCUGCUCCACUGGAAGACCAUGUACGUUGCGGGCAGACUGCACAAACCGGUCAGAAUCCUGAUGCAGAAUGAAAGCGGGAAGCUGAGGUGCGCCCUUGCAGCCAACCUCAAAAGUGCCGUCACGGCCUCCUUCCUCAUGCUGCCUGAGAGCUGCUCCGAGGAGGACCUCUUUGUCCAGAUUGCAAGCCUCUCCUAUUCAGGGGAUUUCAGGAUGCUCAUCGGUGAGGACAGGUCCAAGGUACUGAACAUUGUGAAGGACAACAUGCAGCAUUUCCGACUGCUCUACAGCAACAUCCUGCAGGAAUGCGGGCAGGUGGUGUACAAGCCACAGCAGGGCAAGCUGGAGGUAGACAAAAGCCCCGAAGGUCAGUUCACCCAGCUGAUGGCCUUGCCCCGCACCCUCCAGCAGCAAAUUACCCGCCUAAUGGACCCUCCGGGGAAGAACCGUGACGUGGAAGAGAUCCUACUGCAGGUAGCCCAGGAUCCUGACUGCGGCCUGGUGGUGCAGCAAGGAAUAUCCUCUAUCGUGAAAUCAUCCAGCAUUACACAGAGUAUAAAAGGCAUUGCUACUGCAGGACUGCUAAAAACAGUAUCAUACAGUGCCAAAAAGAUGCACAAAAUGUGGAGAGGCUGGAGAAAGCAGCCCUCAUGAUAUCGCCGCCCUCCCUGAACGUUCCUCUACUCUUUGAAUCUGCUGUUAAACUCGCCUGUCUUCCACACUCGCCUGUUCUGUUCCUAUGGAAACACGACUCAUCUUUGCGAAGGUGUCAGACAAGUUUCAAGCACCCUUCGUCUCCCACUGCCUAAAGGCCAGCUGUGUUAUGAACAUUACUCCCUUUUUCUGACUAAAACAGGGUCCUAAAAUCCUGCCUCAGAGCUCCAGUUGGGAAGAUGAGCAUAAAAAUGAAUUUCUUCCUGUAAUGGGUGUUUUCUGCGAAUUUCAAUUUUCAUGAAGUACAUUUGAGUUUUGCAGAAUGAGGGUGGAAAAAAAGUAUAAGAAUGUAAUGUUUGUGGAUUUAAAUGUUUGGAUUUGAAGUAUGUACUGUAUAAUAUAAUUAUCUUCUGGUGCUUGUAAACAGGAUGAAACUAAAUCAGUUAAUUGUCUAAAUAUUUACCUUUUCAUUGUAACUGGACAUGUAUCCAUGGUCUUUUUGUAUUCUCCAGACCCAUAAGAACUUAAUCAGAACCAGGUGAAUUUGAUUAGGCCUGCUCUGUUUAACUGAACUGCAUCUUUUUUCAUUUUAUUUAUAUUUCCAUUACACUGAAAAUGCAUGCUGUUAAUACUUUGUCCAAAAUCUGACCACUUGAGGCUGAAGUCUGCACUCUUUGUUUUAAGGAGGUUCAAAUCGGAUGGCCGGUCCAGGCAGAGCAGUGCAGUGGCUUGGACCAGUAGCAUGUCUACUGGUUACCUUAGAUUGGGGCCAAAAGGGAAAAGGAACCGAAAAACCUAAAUGACAGUUCAGUACCGAAAUUAACACUCAAGGUACCUUCCUGGAACGUUCCAGAUGUUUCUUCUAUAGCAUAAUUUGUGGGCUGAAAAAACAAGGCCUUUGCUGGGUCAUAAUUAUCUUCAGGAGGAAAUUGCAUUUUGGCUGUGGUUAUCGGUGAAAGCAGUGAUUUGGUGCUGGAACAGAGCUUCUUUCUCUGUGAAAUGGCCCGUUCGGUCCUGCAUUUGCACUCUUAAUAAAAUGACUGGUCUGAAGUUAAAAUUUCAGGUUUAUGUGGCAAAAUGGUAUAUUGUGUGUUUUAAGGUAACUCCAGAGGCAACUGCAGCUAACACCCACAACUCAGCUGGGACACGUCUGUUGUGCUGCGUUCCCUACGGCUACUGUAUUGCUUUCUUUUGCAGCCUUUUAGUUUCAGAUUCCAUUUCUCGGCUUUUUCACUGCAUGUUUACAUUACUGCCACCUAAUAUUUAUACAUUUCUUUGAGACAAAAACAAUGCAACUUUUGUGUUUUUAAUAAGCGGUACUUGAAUCCCUAAGUGCCAGGGGUAGAUGAAAAGGCCAUUUCUAAAGCUGUGAUGGAAAAAGUACCAAGAGCAGCUCUUCAUAUA